AUGGAAGUGAAGCUUAGCCAUAGACGACCUUUCUCUAAUCCUUCUCUUCCCAAAUUCCAUUUGCCAAAUCCUAAAACUAAUUUCCCAUCUCAAAGUAAGCCAUUGGUUUUGUGGUUUCAGAGAUGGAAAUUUCAUAUUCAGGAUACUUCAAAGGGUCAAAGCUCCACCAAUCCCUACUUGCUUCAUGUGGUCAAAGAGGGUGAAACAUUGUCUUCAAUUUCCAAGCAGUAUGGGGUAUCUAUAUAUUCUAUUGCUUCAGCUAAUAAGAAUAUAAUGGAUGUUGAUCUUGUUUCCAAAGGACAGCUUCUUAACAUUCCUGCAUCUGCCCCUGCAGACACUCAAACGGUGAAGAAAUGUGAAUUGCCUUGCUUUGAUCAACUAGAAAGGCUUCAGAGCUCUAUGAAGAUUAUGGAUGGGUUUCUAAACCAGAAGUGCUUCAUCACGGUAACCACCCAUAGUUUGCCACAUGCUAAAGCCACUGGUUAUUUUUUAGUUCUGGUUCCUGUAAUAGCAUUUUGCAUCAGAUGCAUAAUUGGUGCCUUUCACACUAGAGCUCGUAGAGACUUGGGAUUCCAAGCUUCAAACGAAUCAGGGACGCAUCAUGAUGUGCCCAAGAGUAAGCGGUGGAAAUAUGCUCUCAGUGACAUGAAGGAGCCAGAUAAUUUUGAUGGCGAAUCAGUACUGGAUUCCACUGGUACUUCUGCAGAUCAAGAUCAAAAUUCAUUUGAAGAAGUCUCUCAUGCAUACAACGAACUUGAACAAGAAUAUCAGAAAUUUCUAUCAGAAUGUGGAAUAAGUAACUCAGGAUACUGGCGGGGAGGGGAUAAUAGAAAUAGAAAAGGGUUCUCCGGAAGGUUAAGACUUAAAGAGAACUCUAUAGCUGGUUUAGUUACUACAAAAUUGUAA